AUGCCCGAAGUCGUCCGAGGCAGUCGUGCCAGUUUUCAAUUAGAGCGCAGUCGUGCGUCGCAUGAUGGAGCGGCACCCUCCACUCCCAUACGAGAAGGCCGGGGUGUCCAUUUCGGCCAAGGAAGCCCUGGCGAGCGAGAGGAGACUCCGACACCAGGUCUGAGAGCAGUCGAUACCGGACUCAGCAACAUGUCUGCCUCUGAACGCAGAAAGAGCAGAGAACAAGCCAGGAGAGAGCGGAAAACGGAGCCGGAGAGAGAUGCAUACUACGACAGUCGUGCUGCGACCAAGAGAGAAUUCAGAAGACGGGCGAGCACGCUGCAAGAAUACUAUUCCCAACAUCCUACCCUCCUGCCACAAUUGCCUUUCACAUGGAGACACGGGUGGCGGAGGUGGAAGCUGUUCUUGACGAUAUUCACGAUCAUUGUGGACGCCUGUGUUAUUCCUAUUGUCUUGUUCUAUACCAUGAAAUUCGCAGGCCACGUACAAGGUUGGAUAAUUUUCGCCGUCGUGGCUACCAUCUGGGGUGGCCCGACAUACAUCGAAUUCGGUGUGAGGAGCUGGCGUUUGUGGAAGAAGGAGAACUUCUUCCGGCCCUUGGGCACCUCGAACCGAUGGGCCUUUGACAUCACCCACUGGAUUUCGGUCCUGACCAUCACCGCUGUCACUGCGCUGCUUAUUGUCGGCAGUGCUCCUCACAUUGUCUGGCUGCGGGUUCUUUCCAUGCCUGCCCCAGCACUUGUGUUUUGCAUUGCCGGCAGUAUAUUCGUACUCACCAUGUGGAGUCUAGCUGGCAGGAAGGCGCCUUUCCGUAUCAGCUCCACCGAGAAGGGCGGCGUGGUUUACCCUGGAGCGUACUAUCUGAUUGAGGAUGUCGUUGCCGUUAAUGCCAACGCCGGCAGACCUUUCCGUGAAGCUUUGGCUGCGCGGUACCGAGCAAGCCCACGGUUCCGGAGGAUGAUUCUAGUGCAGUCUCUGUUCUGGUCUGUCGCGGGACUUCUGGUUGCUAUAGCUUGCACGGUGGUUGUAUGCAUCCAUCCCGUACCCAAGGACGUGGCUUAUGGAAUUGGCUGGGGUGUCCCCUUUGUCUGGAUCGGCAUCUGGACCGCCAUCACCAUCCUCUGGGUCCGACGAGAUAUGCACAGAGAGACCACAACGUGGGAGGAAGACUGUGGCAUUGAGCCUGGCGAAAAGCUCCACAAAGAAAAGAAACUCGAGCCAACCGAUUCUGACCGCGAGACAGCGAAAGAGCCGAGCCCAGAUGCGGAGGCGUGA